UUUAGCUAGCUGGUUAGAGCCCCGCAGACUUGAGCACUGUCAACCGGGCAGAAAAUCUUAGCCAUAUCGCCGAAUGCAGCCGGGUGUUGACAGGCUAUGAACUACGGAGUGACCGCUGUAGUAGGGUGACAAUAGUGGAAACAAGACUGUACAUCAAAAGGAUUACCCGCUGCUAGUCGACAGCAGACUAAGAGCAAUAAAUAGCCGUCUCCUGUCGAGUUAGAAUUCGGCUUAUAUCGUACCUAGCUAGCUGAUUAUCGCGAACGAGCUAGCCUUGAAACCUGGACUUCUGUUGGAUGUAAAAUCAAACGUAUAUAUGUUAUCGUUUUUUUCUCAGAAAACUGGUAAGGAUUCACCGAAAGAGACCAGUAAAUCAGCUAUUAUGAUAUCUUGACAUAAGUGUCACCUAGCUAGCUAGCCAUGUUUGUCUCAAUCCACUUGCUAAUCUAGCUACUUAGCAAGCUAGUUGGAUUGCUAGCUAGCUAACGUUAGUUCAGCGUCGUUAAGUCUCGAGCAAGUAUUACGGUGGCAGUGAAAUCUGAUUGGAUACCUUGACCGUGUGAACGACUUGCAGACACGGGGACUCCGAAGACCCCCAUCUUAAACGGACUGGAGAAGUCGGGGUAACACGUAUUUAGCUUAUCGGUUGCACAGCGCCGUUGAGGCGUUGAACUGCCGAGAAAGUGGUACUAGAUUGAACCAGGCAGGAGUUCCUGACAUUUAACAUCUGCGAUCCGGGGAGUGAACCGGACAAGGACCUCAUGAAUGGAAAUCGGAACUAUAGGAGCUGUUGGGGCCCAGUCCCUGUUCACUGUUCCGCGGCGGCCUGGCUAUGGCACCAUGGGGAAGCCCAUCAAGCUGCUGGCCAACUGCUUCCAGGUGGAGAUCCCCAAGAUGGAUGUGUACCUCUACGAGGUGGACAUCAAGCCUGAGAAGUGCCCCCGCCGGGUGAACAGGGAGGUGGUAGACUCCAUGGUGCAGCACUUCAAGGUGACCAUCUUCGGGGAUCGCCGUCCGGUCUACGAUGGGAAGAGGAGCUUAUACACAGCCAAUCCACUGCCUGUGGCCAGCGCAGGGGUGGACCUGGACGUCACUCUGCCGGGCGAGGGGGGCAAAGACCGGCCCUUUAAGGUCUCCAUCAAGUUUGUUUCCCUGGUGAGCUGGCACAUGCUUCACGAGGUCCUGACGGGCCGCAGCAUCCCAGAGCCCCUGGAGCUCGACAAGCCCAUCAGCACCAACCCUGUCCAUGCCGUAGACGUGGUGCUCCGACAUCUGCCCUCCAUGAAGUACACGCCAGUGGGUCGCUCCUUCUUCUCGGCUCCAGAGGGCUACGACCACCCUCUGGGAGGGGGGAGGGAGGUGUGGUUUGGGUUCCACCAGUCGGUACGACCCGCCAUGUGGAAGAUGAUGCUCAACAUUGAUGUGUCUGCCACGGCCUUUUACAAAGCCCAGCCGGUGAUCCAGUUCAUGUGUGAGGUUCUGGACAUCCACAACAUAGACGAGCAGCCGCGACCUCUCACCGACUCCCACCGGGUCAAGUUCACCAAAGAAAUCAAAGGUCUGAAGGUGGAGGUGACGCACUGUGGAAGCAUGCGGAGGAAGUACCGUGUCUGCAACGUCACCCGACGCCCCGCCAGCCACCAGACGUUCCCUCUGCAGUUGGAGAACGGUCAGACUGUGGAGCGCACAGUAGCCCAGUACUUCAGAGAGAAGUACAAUCUGCAGCUGAAAUACCCCCACCUCCCCUGCCUUCAGGUGGGCCAGGAGCAGAAGCACACCUACCUACCCCUGGAGGUGUGUAACAUCGUAGCAGGACAACGGUGCAUCAAGAAGCUGACCGAUAAUCAGACGUCCACUAUGAUCAAAGCCACGGCUCGUUCUGCACCGGACAGACAGGAGGAGAUCAGCAGACUGGUGCGCAGUGCCAACUACGAGGCAGACCCGUUCGUGCAGGAGUUCCAGUUCAAGGUUCGCGACGAGAUGGCCCAUGUGACAGGGCGAGUCCUGCCCGCCCCCAUGCUGCAAUACGGCGGCAGGGUGAGCACAGAGCACUUUAUGAACCGGACAGUGGCCACGCCCAGCCAUGGCGUGUGGGACAUGAGGGGUAAACAGUUUCACACCGGGGUGGAGAUCAAAAUGUGGGCCAUCGCCUGCUUCGCCACGCAGCGGCAGUGCCGCGAGGAGAUCCUCAAGGGUUUCACCGACCAGCUGCGUAAGAUCUCCAAGGAUGCUGGGAUGCCCAUCCAGGGCCAGCCAUGUUUCUGUAAAUACGCCCAGGGUGCCGACAGUGUGGAGCCCAUGUUCAGGCACCUGAAGAACACCUACUCCGGACUCCAGCUCAUCAUCGUCAUUCUGCCUGGAAAGACCCCAGUCUAUGCGGAGGUGAAGAGGGUUGGAGACACCCUCCUUGGAAUGGCCACUCAGUGUGUCCAGGUGAAGAACGUUGUGAAGACGUCCCCCCAAACCCUGUCCAACCUCUGCCUGAAGAUCAACGUCAAGCUGGGGGGAAUCAACAACAUUCUGGUGCCUCACCAACGACCUUCAGUGUUCCAGCAGCCUGUCAUAUUCCUUGGGGCUGAUGUUACACACCCCCCGGCUGGAGACGGGAAGAAGCCCUCCAUCGCAGCAGUGGUGGGCAGUAUGGACGCCCACCCCAGCAGGUACUGUGCCACGGUGAGGGUUCAGAGGCCCAGGCAGGAGGUGAUCCAGGAUCUGGCUUCGAUGGUGAGAGAGCUGCUCAUCCAGUUCUACAAGUCCACCCGCUAUAAGCCCACCAGGAUCAUCUUCUACAGGGACGGAGUGUCGGAGGGCCAGUUCAGACAGGUUCUGUACUAUGAGCUAUUGGCCAUCCGCGAGGCCUGCAUCAGCCUGGAGAAGGAGUACCAGCCCGGCAUCACCUACAUCGUGGUCCAAAAACGCCACCACACACGACUCUUCUGUGCCGACCGCAACGAGAGGGUUGGACGCAGCGGGAACAUUCCUGCUGGCACCACAGUGGACACGGACAUCACACACCCCUACGAGUUUGACUUUUACCUCUGCAGUCAUGCUGGAAUACAGGGCACCAGUCGGCCCUCCCACUACCAUGUCCUGUGGGACGACAACUGCUUCACGGCCGAUGAGUUUCAGCUCCUCACCUACCAGCUGUGCCACACCUACGUGCGCUGUACCCGCUCCGUCUCAAUCCCCGCGCCAGCUUACUACGCCCACCUGGUGGCCUUCCGUGCUCGCUACCAUCUGGUGGACAAGGAGCACGACAGUGCCGAGGGCAGCCAUGUCUCGGGCCAGAGCAACGGUCGCGACCCCCAGGCUCUGGCCAAGGCCGUGCAGAUUCACCACGACACCCUAAGGACCAUGUACUUCGCCUGAGCACCAGAAAACACACCAUCAUCUCCCUUAAACACACACACACAUCCCAUCUGCCAGUCAAUAAGGGGCACUGCUCCCCCGUACCCAGUCAAUCCGGACCUGACACUGUGCAGAGGGAGGAGGAGGAGGGGGGAAGCCCCCCUCCCCCACACUGGACCGACCGUUCAGAAAGAAACCAGAGAGGAAGAACUUGGCGCUAUUAUGCAAUAUUAAACCAGCCAACGGCUUCCCCUAGACACUCCGACCCUAUCCCGUUCCUCUCUUCCUCCUCCCUGGUCCUGAUGGAGGGUGUUGUUUUGAUUCCGGAUGUCUGUCGUCGACAUAUUGUAAAUCACUCCCUCUUUGUCAUCAUGCCUUUUACCUCAACUCAGUUUUAAUGGCAGCACUUUUGUUUUCUUCAAGUUCAGUGGUAGUCAACGUAGGCGCUGCAACUAAUUGUGGGAUUUUAGUCCUCUUUUUAUUUCAUUCUGUUUUAAAUGUUCUUUUUCCAAGUUUAAGGAAGCGACGAAAGACGAGGGUGAAUAUGUGACCUGUUCCUAGAGUUCAGUGGUUUUCAACCUCAGAAUCCCUGAAAGUGGGAUAUUAGCCCUCAUUUUAUUUCAUUCUGUUUUAAAAUUAAUUUUUCAAAGUUUAAGGUGGAGAAGAAAGACUGGUGUAAAUCUGUGACCUGCCGCGGGUGUUUGGUUUUCCACUUUAGUUUUUCCUUUUCCUCUCCUUAAACCUUUGUCUUGUAUUUUUUUUUUUGCCAAUGGUGACUUAUCAAAAGUGUGAGCGUGUCAAUUAACCAUGUGUACUUCAAAACAGAAACAGGCUGUUAUUGUGCAUGCAGUGCCACCUGGAGGCUUAAAGAGUUAACUGCACUCAUUGCUCUGUCUUCUUUGCCCUCUCUUGGAUUCUAGUUGAAGUGGAAGAACCGGAACUGAACGGCAGGUUAUGUUGUUUUCCUCAAGUUCAGUGGUAUUCAACAUCGAGACACUGCUAAUAGUGGGAUUUGCAGCGGAAACGCCAUCAGACUGCCUCAAACCACCUGUCUACAUAUAUGUAGACACAAUUCAGAAAUGAUGAGUACAUAUAUGUAGACACAAUUCAGAAAUGAUGAGUACAUAUAUGUAGACACAAUUCAGAAAUGAUGAGUACAUAUAUGUAGACACAAUUCAGAAAUUAUGAGUACAUAUAUGUAGACACAAAUGCAGCAUUACUGGAAAACCUUUUGACUGCCGAUUAUUGAAUGGGCAAUUUUCAAAAUGUUUUUCUGUACACUAUUCUUAUAUGUAUUCAAUAUGUUGAAUUAUAUGUAAUUGAAAUUAUUCGUUGAUGUGAAAAAACGAAACCUACGUUUUUUAGGUUGUGAUUGUUUGGUUUUAGGUGGGGGCAUGAAAUUAAUUUCUUCCAGAAAGAUGCGCGGCAAUGUUUGAAUACCACUGGUCUUGUUCAGCAAGCGUUUAUAUGGCGGAGGAAGCCUGUUUCUGGUAGUGAUGGGUUGGAUCAUGUGAGGUCUGUAGCAGAGAGUGGUAGUAACCCAGGUCUCCUACAACCAGAACCCUCACAUUGAAAGAGACCGCUGAAUCUGUGUGGGUUUUUUCUUCUUUUUUUAAUGAAACAUGUUAUGAUCCACAAAAUUGGCACUUUUUCCCCAUUGCACCUAAAUGAAGUAGAGUGGUUCAGAAGGAAAAUGUUUGUGACUGUGUUCUGGCUUAGAUAUCAAGUGCCUGGUUUUGGAAAUGGAUGGUUAAAAGAAGGUUGCAUGGAGUUGAAAUGGAGGUUGUAUGGAUGGAUUAUGACCUGGAUUAUGACCUAGCCUUUUAAAUGUAUCCAAACUAAGGGGACAAUGGUCAAUGGCAGAAAGUUGGCUUUAACAUUCAUUUUGACAGACUUUGGUUUGGAAAGUAAUUAGACCGGUCUGACGUUUUUAUACAUCUCAUUAUAAAUCAUCCCGAGGUAAUGUGUGUGACUGCGUGUGUAUGUGAAUGUGCGUGUGUAUGUGUGCGUGAACAUUUCCAAGCAUAUUUUUUUUUUUUCUUCGUCUUGGCUUAAUGGCAGAAGUAUUCUAGCAGAAGCGGUCAUGCUGUUUUCUGCUUGUAUCCUCACGCGACAUAGACCUAGCUGCUAUAUCUACAUGUACUUAAGGUGACUAAGGAUCGAGGCGUGUCUCAGUUCCAAGCCGCGCGGGAGCUACGCGGGUGAAUGUGCUUUCACCACAUAUCAUCCAAACCAAUGGGAAGCAGCCGUCUUCUACCCUCGACAGUCCUUAAAUACCGGAUGUCGAAUGAGUGAGCGGACUGUCUGGUUUCUGCUGAGCUCCUCCCGCGCGCUGCGAGCCCUGACUCAUGUCCAGCGGUGUUCAAGAGGAAGACAAUAAUGUGCACUAAACGAAGCGUGUGUUUGUCAGAACGAGCACAGGCCUCUGGUGCUAUGUAGGGGUGCGCCUCGCCCCUUGGAGAAUAUGGAGUCUGUGUGUGGGCUUUUGGGGUGGGGGGGGGUAAACCUCUCACAAUAAGGGAGACGCAAAGGUCGGCACUAUGCGGGACACAGUAGGGAUCUCUCGUCCUGUUAGUGGUGCCGACCGGUUGAGAAUCCCGUCUCCACGGUACUAUGGUCAGGUUCUCGAGGCACGAAGGUGUCCACGGUAGUGCAGUCGGUAGAUAUCCCCUGUGGUUAUAUUGGUUGGAUACCUUCCCUCAACUCCCCCCCCCCCCCCCCCCCCCAAAUGACAAACUGAUGCGUUUGAUCAUCACCAGUGUCCAAAAAGCCUUUUUUUAAAAGCCACAUUGGAAGAAGUAGAUUUACUUUGGAAGAAGUAUAUUUGUACAUUUCAAAUGACUGUGAUGCACACACCACUUAUUUUUGCUAACAAAUAGAAUUGACGCGCAUAGUUAAUAAUCUACUAAUAAUGUAAUUAGUGGUAAUUGGUAAAUUAGGGUAUAUGUUUUAAUAUUGAUAUAGAUUGUUUUGUUAAUGUGACCAUGUGUAACUUUAUUUGUGCGUUUCAGUGCUCGUAGAAUGGCAUUGGAUACAUUUAGACAGAUGGCGUGUCUGGAUGAUUAUAUUGUUGUGGUCAAGUAAUUGGUGGGCUUGACGUUCUAAGUCCUGGUCUGUUUUCACUCUUAGUGGUUGUUUUCAAAUCAUCCUUGCUGUCAUGGAGUGGAAAUGAAUUAUUUGGCUCAGUCAAAUUGUGAUUUGAAAUUGUCUUUCUGGUUCUGAAGUUGAAGCAGAAGGUGAGACUGGGUGGGCAGGGCUUGUCGAAGUGUUGUAGACCAAUUUUAACACGUGUGGUUGAUCAAAGAAUGAGAUGGUUAUCUAACCAGCCCUCCUGACCAUUGGGUGGAUAUGGUCCUCGGUGUUUGUUAAAUCCUGUGGGUUAUUAGGGCCCCAAAUAGUGUGACUUGGCCUAUUAGUGUUUCUCAGUCCCUCCUCUUAAAAUCAAGAGCAUGCCAUGUGCUCAGAACUGCAAAGCUCUUAGGCCUCCAGUUAGUCUGCAAUGUGACAAAGCCUAUAAUGGCAGCCUAUAGCUUUCCCCUACUGUUGACUUGAUUUCCAAGGCCAGAGAACUACAUUCCAUAGCCAGUAGAUCUGUCGUCAGAUUCCCCCUGACGGAGACGUGGAGAUGACAGACGACGUUAGAGGCCGGAAGUUGACAAGUUUGCUCAGCAAGUGUAACAGAUGCCGGUGUUCUCUGAGAAGGUAUUCUGUGUGUUGCUCGGUUGGUAAAGAGUAGGGUGCGAUUGGCAGACAGAUUACUGUGAAUGUGAAACGAUAUGUUGGGCCGAGGGCCGUCAAGGGAGGUAGUGCGUGAGGAGCUGAAUGUUUUUUAGUUUUUUCCCCAGUAAGUGACAAGCGUAGCGCAGCUGUCAUUCAAGCUGAGACGAUGACUGUCCAGGUCUGUAUAACAUUAUCUCCCUGGGCAACGGAACACAUGUUUACAUAGAGCAAAUGUGUUUGCCCAGUGUUCUUCAAUGUUACGCUGUAACGGCGUCAACAGCGUUUUUCAGACACUCGUAUGUAGUGGAACGUCGUCCUAGUGUUUUGCUCUGCCCAAAGAGGCAAAAGCGAUGUAUGAAUUCCAUUGCCUGCGGCUGACACUGACAGUGGUCUUUGAGUUGUGUUUUUGUUGCUGAAGGUGAAUCUAUGGCGCAGUGACUAAGUCCUCAGAAAGUGCCUUUCUUCAUGAUGGUGCUGUAACACGAAAGUCGGAUGAAAUAUCUAAGAAGUGGGCCUUGUUUUUGAACAAACUCAUAGCAAUGCAGAAAUGCCUGCAUUUACACAUGUACAGACAGACAGACUGACACGCGCACCCAUGCACGCACGCACACACACACACACACACGCACACACACACACACACGCACACACCCAUUUCUAUUUAGAUACCGAGAUGCAUACUGCAGACCAGCAGCCCCUGUUUAUAAAAGACAUUACAGAGUCUAAAUGCCAAGUAUUUGAUUAUGGAAGAGCUUUCACUUAAGUGUGUUGUGAGUCUACACAAUAGACUCCUUUUUGGUUGGUACAGUGGAACUUGCAUUGACAAGCAGGGUCAAAGUUAACACUGCAGGGUGUGUGUGAUAGCCUGGCCCAUGAAUGACAAACAUAGCACAGCACUUUAUAGACUGCCACUCUCACUCGGACACUAAACCAAAAGGGGUUUUCUGUCAGUGUUUUUCCUAUAAUCCCCUCCUCACAAAUACAGUAAACCAACGAGGAGAUUUUCCUCCUAUACAACAGUGGGGAUUUGCAACACCAAACAAACGUGAAAAGUGGUCGUUUUAAUAGCGUGCCUCAAGCUCAUGCAACUUCUCUGAUGACAGCUUUUGAGUCGGCCUGCUUUUAUGCAGUUUCUCUUUCGGAAUCUAAAAUCGCCUCCAAGGUUUUUCAGUAUGGCCUCCGUAUCCAAAAGGCCAUCAAAUUGUCAGGCCCUUGGCAUUCUCAUCCUAGUGCCCUGUCUUGCCUCAUGUCUUGUUGUCCUUAAGGGAAGUAUAGAGGACUCCGUAUCAUUGGUGUUUGUGGGGCAUUUAGGGCUUUGCUUAAGUCUGAGGGGCUCGGUCUAGUUAUAUAGGAUACCAGUCAGUCCAGGGAGGUGAUAUCUUUACAAGAGAUGUAGAAAAAAAACACAGAAACACUGCACCUCACUUUCCUUGGUAUGCUGCAUAUGUUAUUACGUGAGAGGAAAAACCGCAAAUAUUGCUUUGAUUAUUAUUACCGUAUAAUGCUUGAGUAAUGCCUGAUUAUGAUAUUCUUAGAACUAUUUUAGAGACAGAAUUAUACCUGUAAAAUAUUAUCUUUUCUUGUUGUUAUUUUGUCUUAACACUUACCCAACUUUGAGAAAUGUUGUUCUUCAUUGAGCCGAGCAUUUUAUUUUUUUUGUCCUAUUUAAUUGUGUUGUUCUUUUUUUAAUAUAUAUAUACAUUUAUAUAUAUAUAUGAAAUAUAUAUGCGAAAUAUUUUAUGGUGUAUUUAUUGAGUGCAUAAAGGAGCGGCUGGAGUCUCCGCAACACAAAAGCAUGAUGGGGGUUUAGCUGGGGUGUAGCCAGGGGUGGGUGUGUCUACCCACCCCACCCCCGCCCUACUGGAGCCUUAUCCUCCCCAAACAUGCAAGCACACAACAUGGAGGGGCUGAGAGGUAAAGGAUGCCAGGACAGAGGGGCACAGUUGACAUGGGUAUGUGUAUAUGUGUAUACAUACAUACAUACUGUGUAGCCCUGUCUAGCUUUCUAGCUAUUUUAAGCGGUCUGUUCGGUUCCACUGAAGGGCGGAGUCUUAUGUCCUCAGUUUCCCCCCUCCCCUCUUGGUGAGGACACAGUCACCCUCCACCCCCCAUGUGCAUCUCAUCUCUGUAUGGGGAACGGAACCCUUACUGAACUACACUGACCAAGCUGAGCCUCGUUACGAAAGCCGACUUCCUCACCCAGAGCUGCUAAAAUGUUAGCCAUGUAAACUCCCCUGGCCUGGUACAGUACCGGUGGGUGAGAAUAGAGGAGAAAAUGACAGAGGGAGGGAAUGAUGGUGCUAAGGCAGAAAUGAAUGAAUAAAUGGUUAGGCGUCGCUUCUGUCCUUUCGUGUCUUCUCUGUGGAGCUUUUCCUUGUGCCAGAACCCCGUCAUAGAGCAAGGCAUAGUAUAAAGUCCCAUUCCACUUGAAAAUACCAGCCUCAGCCUUAAGUGUGUUCUUGCAUCAUUGAUGGGACUUAUUUAUGACAAUGGGAGGCUUGAGUUUGGUACAAAAAAAAUGACUCCAAAAUGGUAUCAUUGUCUUUAUUUUAUACCACUAACAGUGCUGCAGUUACUUAGAGAGCGCUGACAUAUGGAAGUGGUCUUUAUUGUGUGUGUCUUGUCUGUCCCAUGUGAAUGGAUGUAAGAACUGGAGCCCCCGGUUCCAGAGUUCUGUACUAGAGACUUGUGCCUGUAUAACCAAUCAAGGUGGGGUAAUAAUGAACUGCUCUUCUGUUUGCCCACUGUGUUUCUGUUGGUCGUUACCAUCUUAUCCUAGGGUCAGAGGCAUGGAGCUUAGAGGGGGACUUCAACCCUGUUUAGAACCAAAUAGGCUUUUCUACCUACUACCCAACAAUACUAACCUUUUGGCUAAGACAUGUUUACUCCAAAAUGUUUACUCCAUUUAACGAUCUGUUUCAUGUGCACGCAGACGCUGCUGGCUUUUUAGUCAAAUCGCAUUCCAAGUAAGAAUUAUGAACCAAAAAUGUGCUUAAGAGAUUAUCAGACGCUGCAACGUUAUGCUGUGGUUUAAAGACUCAUCUCAUCAGUGGCCAAGAACCCAGACCUGCAAAUGGUUUCCCGUGUGUCAUCACGACCUUGAGGUUAUAUUGUAUAUGACACGCGGCCCUGUUUGUUUCCAUGACUUUUAACUGAAUGUCAGUCAGGAUUUUGCGCUCUGAUACCAUUGAGUCCUGAGGCACCAGCAACAAUGAAUGGGUGUUUAAUGAUGUGAA